GGAGGGACUAGGGAGCGCGGGUGGAUGAAGCAGUGAGCAACACCCAAGAAAGUGGAGAACUGAGAUGUUUACCAAUUGAUCAAUUGUGAAGAAUGAUGGAGAAAGAAAUUGUUGCCAAUGCAGCAACAGAUGUAAAUAAUAUUGUCGAAGAGGCUGUGUUAGUUGACAGCGCAAAUACAGUUGUACAGUUCACAAAGAGGAAAUCACUAGAGACAUCACCAAAGGAGUGCAAACAAGUAUCAAUAUUGGCAAGUGAUGGUAUUGAAAAUAAUAGAGACCUUUCUGUACCAGUUGAAUGUAAUGAGCAGUUUUGUGAUGUGCAAGAUAGCCAUUGCAAUCAAGAAAGCUUAGGUAAUGUAGACUCUGAGAAAACAAUGAGGGGAGGCAGUGGUGAAGCUGUUUAUGAAAAUAUAAAUCCCUGUGAAGGGGACAGUAAUCUCAACAAAGAAAGCUUUGAUCAUGUAGACUCUGCCCAAAAGACUGAGGAAAUGAAAGAUUCUGGGCAAAACAGUGACCUCGAAGAUGAUGGCCAAGAUGAAAUGUCUGUUGAGAACAAUCAUCCUUCAAAAGAAGAAGACAGAAUUAUCAAUAAGGAGAGGUUUGACUGUGUGGAAUCUGAUCAAAAGACUGAGGAAAUGAGAGUUUCUGGGCAAAACAGUGACCUCGAAGAUGAUGGCCUAGAUGAAACGUUGGUUGAGAACAAUCAUCCUUCAAAAGAAGAAGACAGAAAUAUCAAAAAGGAGAGGUUUGACUGUGUGGAAUCUGACCAAAAGACUGAGGAAAUGAGAGUUUCUGGGCAAAACAGUGACCUCGAAGAUGAUGGCCUAGAUGAAACGUUGGUUGAGAACAAUCAUCCUUCAAAAGAAGAAGACAGAAAUAUCAAAAAGGAGAGGUUUGACUGUGUGGAAUCUGACCAAAAGACUGAGGAAAUGAGAGUUUCUGGGCAAAACAGUGACCUCGAAGAUGAUGGCCUAGAUGAAACGUCUGUUGAGAACAAUCAUCCUUCAAAAGAAGAAGACAGAAAUAUCAAUAAGGAGAGAUUUGACUGUGUGGAAUCUGAUCAAAAGACUGAGGAAAUGAGAGUUUCUGGGCAAAACAGUGACCUCGAAGAUGAUGGCCUAGAUGAAACGUCUGUUGAGAACAAUCAUCCUUCAAAAGAAGAAGACAGAAAUAUCAAAAAGGAGAGGUUUGACUGUGUGGAAUCUGACCAAAAGACUGAGGAAAUGAGAGUUUCUGGGCAAAACAGUGACCUCGAAGAUGAUGGCCUAGAUGAAACGUCUGUUGAGAACAAUCAUCCUUCAAAAGAAGAAGACAGAAAUAUCAAUAAGGAGAGAUUUGACUGUGUGGAAUCUGAUCAAAAGACUGAGGAAAUGAGAGUUUCUGGGCAAAACAGUGACCUCGAAGAUGAUGGCCUAGAUGAAACGUCUGUUGAGUACAACAAUCCCUCCAAAGAGGAAAACAGUAAUAUAAAUAAAGAAAGUUUUUACUGUAUAGAAUAUCAUCAAAGGACUGAGGAAAACAGAGUUGCUGGGCAAAGCAAUGAUUUUGGAAAUGAUAAGGAGGACAAUGAAAAUUACAAUGAAGAGGAACUUGAUCACAAUCACAAGAUCCUUAGUAAUUUCGAAUGUGACCAAAGUUUUGAAGAAAAAGUAGGUUCUGAGCAAGACAGUCAAACCUGCAAUGAUGUGUAUGAAGCUAAUGCUUUUGACUCCAAAGAUGGCAAAGAAAGCCUGAGUGAUUUAGAAUGUGAAAACAAAGGCUCAGAAAGGAUUGGUGAUAUAGAAGAGGAUAGCACUAAAGUUGAUUUACCUGAUGUUAUGCUUGUUGCAUCUAGUGAAUGCUUUGUUGAGAAAGACAUCCAUCUCAAAGAAGAAAGCUUGUAUGGUUUAUUAACUGACCGUGAGUUUGAAGAAAAUGCAAGUAAUAUGACAGAUGUAGAAUGUGAGCCGAAAAAGUCAGGAUUGAAUGAGAAGGGUGCUAUAGAUGGAAGUCAGCUGAAAUCGGGUGAUGAAAGAAUAUCAGAGGCAGCUUGCUCAGAAGGUAUUUCGAAUCAAAGUAAAUACGAUUCUGAACGUGAGAAUGCAGCUCAGGAAACCAAAGGUAACGGUUUGGAAUGCCCUACAAACAUUCCAAUGAAAACAGAAGCUGAUAUGCCAAAAUUAGAUGACAGAGAAGCAGCUCUAGAUCGCAAGAUAGCUGAAAUAAAACGGAAAAAUGAAGAGAGGUUGAAAAGAAUGAAAGAAAUUGAACAAGACAAACUGAAUGCCAGUAAAAAUGAAGAAGGAACUUCUGAAAUCUCUGUUAUGGAGAGUUAUAAAAUUUCUGGGGUCACAAUUGAUAGUAAAAUGAGAGCUGAUGAACCGAUGGAUAGAAAUGAUGAUGGGGCUGAAUCCAGCGAUAACCCUGUUUUUGAGCACGCUGGCGGGCGUGGUCGUGGUCGUGGCCGUGGUCGUGGUCGUGGUCGAGGAAGAGAACAGGUAAAGCAGGAGUCUGAGAAUAGUGUGAGACCAUCAGUUGGUCGUGGAACUCGUUCUGGACACAGCAAAGUAUCCAUUAGCAAGCUGAGGGAGGAACAGAGACUAAAGAACAUUGAAAUGUAUAAUGAAGAGUUAAAGCAAAUCUCGCAGUUUGAAGACGCAAAAGAAGAUGUGCAAAUAGGUGCAAAGACCAAUUACGAUGUCCGAAAAGAGAUUGGGCGAGCAAAACUAGAAUCGCACAAAGGUGGUCGAGCUUUCAAUACUAGAGGUGGACAACAGAACAGGUUUACCGGUAGGUCAAAGCCAUAUGACCAGUACAUAGAAAUGACAGGCAAGGAAAGACAGAUAUAUGAUAAAUGGAAAGCUGAGAGAGCUGAAAUCGAGGCGGAAAGACUUCGGCGUCAGAAGAAGGCAGAUGGGCAAUGGCGGCGAGAGUGGGAUAGAGACAAGGAAUGGAACGCCUCAAAACGACAGUGGGUAUCAACCAAAAAAGAAAAUCACCAGGGCGACAACGGCCUUGAAGAGGAAACAUGGUAGCUAUAGAACGUCGACAUUUUGUAUCGAACGUAAUUUGUGAUUUUCAAAGUUUUGCAAUUACGCUACAUUAUUUAUACGGUUAUUGUAUUUGAGGGUGUCUUUCCGUCAUUUAUUUAACGCUUUACCUUGUGUCCAGGGGGGGGGGGUGAUAGGGUGGUUACAGACGGCAGAGGCUACACGAUGCAGCUAGUAUUGCAUCUUCAAAAUCAAUCAGAUAUUGAGAAAGAACUUGUAAAUGCCAUGCAUUCACCGUGAAUAAUAAACAUUUUUAUUUAAGUUAGAGAUUUAAGUUUUUCGUUAGGAAUCAUUUUCUUUCAGUAGUUAUGGAAAUACGUUUAUUCAUUAUAUAGCUAAGUUUGAAGGGCUUUUUAACAUAUAUUUGUGGUAAAGGAUUGUAUUUAUUAUUAAUUAAAAUUAACCAUUUUUAUUAACAAUCAGUUUUCGCCAUGUACUGUGGAAUUUUUUCUUGAAAAGAGUUUACCAGCAGAAGCUGUCUGAUUUUGAUCAUGAGCGUCAUUCCAAUAAAGUAGGUCAUUGAGCUUUUCUUUUUCUACAGUACAGUUUCAAAAUUGAAUCU